AUGUCAAACCAAGAUUUCACCAAACCGUUCUAUCAUUGUCGCGAUGACGAGAAUAUAGAGGAUUUUCUCUUUGAUUUUGAAAUGUAUGCAGAGUUAAAGGACUGGAUUGAUAAUAGAAAGAAAAAGGUGGUGGAUCUUCAUGUUUCAGAAAAGACAAGGGUGUGGGUAUGUGAGUUAAUAAAGACUUCAAAUAACUGGACUGAUUUGAGAGUUACUAUAGUGAAAGUUGCAAAAAUAAAAUAUCAUAUCAAUAAAAAGGUUGCAAGGUUAAUGAGAAUCAAACAAGAUGAAAGUGAUUCAGUAAUUGGAUACUCCAAUAGGUUUGAGUCUUUUGCUCACACAAUUAAGGAUAAAGUAUAA